CAGGGAGAAGAUGCCGGGCAUUCCUGGGUCCCUUCCGUCUGCCUGGGCCUCCCCUCUGGCCCAUGUCCCCUUCCCUGAUGCCCCUCCCCACAGACCUGGCCUGGGUGGGGUGGGGGUGGGGGUCAGACCCUCGUGCCAGGCUCUAGCCACCCUCCCUCCCCAGGCCUGGCACCUCCUUCUUCGUUCCCAUUUUCCCCGGGGAAGGAGGCAACAAAUGAGUGGUGAGGGGAGUCCAUGGACGCCAAAUGGGGCGACUGUUGUCACCCUGAGGUUGGGGCCAGGAGGAAGUGGAAGUUUAACAGGUGCCUAAUUACAAGUCCCGCUGGCCGCGCUGCGCCACUCUUGGGAUAGGGAAGAGCUUGGGUGAGGGCUGGGUGAUGCCUGGGUAGGCCACUCUGUCACCCCGAUAAUUAGGGUUCCUGGGACUCCUCCCCAAGGCGGGGACCAGGCCCCCUCCCUCCGAUAGAAAUAACUCCGGCUGCUGCCCAGCCAGGCACUCACUGCACCUUCCUGCCACCCGGGACAGUGUCUGUGCCCUCAGCUCCCCUCCCUCCACCCGUCCCCACACGCCCACCACCACGGGCCCCACAGCGCCGGCCCAGGGACACCCGGCCCAGGGACACCCGGCCCAGGCGGAGGAAACACCAAGCCUAGAGACAUGGGAGAUCAAGCAGCGUUCCACCUUCUGCUCGCGUGCCUGAGCCCAGCACUGCUGUCUGCUGUGCGCAUCAGUGGGGAUGGCCAGGAGGUCCUGUACCUGGCGGAAGGUGAUAAUGUGAGACUGGGCUGCCCUUACAUCCUGGACCCUGAGGACUACGGUCCAAAUGCACUGGACAUUGAGUGGAUGCAGGUCAAUUCAGACCCCUCACAUCGGGAGAAUGUGUUCCUUAGUUACCAGGACAAGAGGAUCAACCACGGCAACCUCCCCCACCUGCAGCAGAGGGUUCGCUUUACAGCCACAGACCCCAGCCAGUAUGAUGCCUCCAUCAACCUCAUGAACCUGCAGGUGUCCGACACAGCCACCUAUGAGUGCAGGGUGAAGAAAACCACUAUGGCCAGCCGGAAGGUCGUUGUCACUGUCCAAGCGCGGCCUGCGGUGCCCAUGUGCUGGACCGAGGGCCACAUGACACACGGCAACGAUGUGGUGCUGAAGUGCUUUGCCAAUGGGGGCAGCCCACCUCUCUCCUACAGGUGGGCCAAGAUCAGUGGGCACACCCACCCCUACCGUGCUGGGUCCUACCAUUCCCAGCACAGCUUCCACUCUGAGCUCUCCUACCAGGAGUCCUUCCACAGCUCCAUGAAUCAAGGUCUGAGCAACGGCGACCUGGUGCUGACGGACAUCUCCCACGAGGAUAAUGGACUGUAUCAGUGCACGGUGGCCAACCACGUGGGCUACAGCGUGUGUGUGGUGGAGGUGAAGGUGUCAGAUUCCCGACGCAUCGGCAUGAUUGUCGGCGCGGUGCUGGGCUCCCUGCUCAUGCUGGGGUGCCUGAUAGUGGGCAUCUGGGGGCUCGUCUGCUGCUGCUGCGGGGGCGCCGGGGCUGGCACCCGCGGUGCCUUCGGCUAUGGCAAUGGCGGCGGGGUCGGCGGCGGGGCCUGCGGUGACUUGGCUAGUGAGAUCAGAGAGGACGCCGUGGCGCCCGGGUGCAAGUCCGGCGGGCGCCGCAGCCGCGUCCCCCGGCUCCUGGGGUCCCCGACGCAGACGGUCAGCCGCUCCCCGAGCCGCAAGUACGCGCGCCCGCCCCGCGGCGGCCCCGAGGACGUGGCCCUGGCGCCCCGCACCGCCGCCGCCGCUUGCGAAGCGGGCCCUUCCCCGGUCUACGUCCAGGUCAAGAGCGCCGAGCCCGCCGACGGCGCGCAGGGGCCGCUGCCGGGCAAGGACGGCCUCCUGGUGUGAGCGCGCCGCGGGGCGUCGGGCUGCGCCCCGGCCGGGAGGAGGGUGCGGGGCUCUCUGCCCGCAGCUGGGGACGCUCUGGGGCCCGCGACUCCCAUGCCCGCGUCCAGGCGGCUUGGGCUGAAGGCACCGCCCCUGGGAGACCCCGAGGGGGCAGAGCCUCCUUCCCCAGAGUGGGAGGGGUCGGGGGGCGUAGCAAGCUUGGUGGGCGGAGCGCCCUGAGCCGGAGCUCCCGAGACGGAGGGAGGUGGAAGGGUCGAGAGCGGUAGGAGCCGGAGGCCCGGUGUCCCAGCCAAGGCCGAGGGCCCCGGGGCCGGGUGGGCGGGGGAAUGGACCGGACUGUUUCGCGUGCGAGAUCCGAGCUCCAAGGCGGCAGCGUUGGCACAAUAAAGAAACUGUAAGACUUGAGCUGAGGCGGCUGUGGUUGCACAGAGGGUUGGGCAAGGGGUCCGGGUGGAGGGCCCGCUCUGGGAUGCGGCAGGGUGCCCCCUGCGGUCCCGCAUCGUGCCGGCAUCAUAUCCGCCCCUCCCUGCUGAGAUCGCAGCCGUCGGGGCUGGAAGGGGCUGUCCAAUCCUGCUCCUUCACCAUGCAGUUGGGGAAACCGAGACCUCGCAGGCUGGAUUUUAAAUCCGGAACCCUGCUUUUCUCUUGCAUUCCAGGAAGUCAGCAGAAGGGAAGCAAGGGACUGGUGGGGGUGACCUUCCUGAAUGUUCCCCUGUGAAUUCUCAGCAUCCUCUCUCCUGGCCUCAUCUACCGAUCCUGACUUCCUGACCGCUUCCAAAUGGUUGCCUUCCUUUUCAACAAUCAGGAAGGGUUUCAGAGUCAUUCUCUAGGGUAGAAAGACCUUCAAGGAAUCUAAUGUACUCGCCCGUUUAAUGGAAAGGGGAUUGACAUUCAUUGAGCAUCUGUUAAGUGCCAGGUGCUUUCCAGUACUUUAUCUUACUUAAUACUUUACUUUAGUCCUCUGAAGCUGUGCUCUAUUCCAUUGUAGAGAUGAACAAAAUGGUUCAGAGGGAUCAGAUAUCUUGACCAGGGCUACAAAGGUAAUUCAGGUGUUGAUCCAGGCAUGUGUGACUCCAGAACAUCAGGAUGUUUCUCUGAUAUUUGAAAUCCUUCUACAGCAAUUCCUGACAAAGCCUACUCCCACCUCCUCUUGAAUACUGCCCGACACAUCAUUUGGCAUCUCACUACCUACCAAAGCGAUCCGUUUGGCUUCUGACAGUCAGAGAAACAUUUCUUCUAUCCAACUCAAUUUUUGUCUCAAUAUAGCUUUUAUCCCUUGGUCCAAGCUCUACUCUAAGGGACCCUUAAGCAACACACGGCCAUUUCAUCGGCCUCUAGUGGACCAAGUGGUUGUACCCCAUACAGGAUGGCUGCAAACGGCAUAUAACUGGGCUCCUGGCUGGUCUAGGGACUGCAGGUCUUCUGAAGAGCACAGUGUCUCAAGGUCACUCAGUGCUACGUGCCUCUGCCCGGCCACCUUGCCUGUUGGAGCCCAGGCACUUCCUUCUCUCUUGGCCUCUUUCCCUUGAGGAGAAGCUGGGCUUCUGAACUCUCCCUGCUUCUACUCGGCGGCCCCUUGGAGUGCAGGGUAUGGAUGCUUUCAAGUUUCUUAAGUGAGGAAGCCCUGAAACCCUGCUUGGUUUUACAUAACUGGAAAGCCCUUCCAGGUGGUAAAGGCAUUUGCAGAAAGUGCUGGCAUUGCUGGCUCUGCCGUGAUAGAGCUUGGGAAGGGGAAGGAGGGAUGGUCAUGGGACAGAGGCACCCAGGG